AUGGCGUUCUAUGAGGGCUGGUGCAGCGGCAAGAACGACGAAGGCUGCUGCUCCGACUGCAGCUGGACGCAGAUCGCCAUCUGGACCGUCGUCGUCCUCGUCGUGUGCGGCGUCAUCAUCGUCCUCGUGCUCGCCUUCGGCGUGGUGCGCCCGCCCAAGGCCACCGCCGACGACGCCGUGCUGCAGCGGUUCGCUCUGACCCCCGCAGACCCGGCGUCCAACUCCACCGUCUCCUACAACGUGACGGCCACGGUGUCGCUCCGGAACCCCAACAUGUACCGCGCCAUCGAGUACGGCGCGCUCGCCGUGACCUUCUCCUUCAACGGCACCCGCUUCGACGACUCCGCGUCCGUGCCCGCGUUCGAGCACAAGCCGCGGAAGACGGCCACGGUGAGCGUGACGGUCGGCGGCGCGGACAAGCCCAUCAAGCUGAGCAAGCCCGGGGUGGGCGAGUUCCGGGCGGAGAACGACACGGGGAAGUUCGGCGUGGAGAUGCGGCUCGACACGGUGCUCCAGUACAAGGGCCGCUCUGCCAAGUGCCCGCUCGUCGUUGUGUGCCCGCUCCAGCUCCAGCUCGUCGACCCGGACGUCGCCGCCACCGCGUUCCAGCGGACCAAGUGCACCAUCCUCCGCGCCAAGAAGUCCGGGUGCUAG